CCUCCUCCUCCUCCCCUCCCCCGCCGCCGGCCGCCAUGGACUCGGACGAAGGCUACAACUAUGAGUUCGACGAGGACGAGGAGUGCAGCGAGGACAGCGGCGCCGAGGAAGAGGACGACGACGAGCCCGACGACGAUGACGACGACGAGCCCGACGACGACAACCUCGACCUGGGCGAAGUGGAGCUGGUCGAGCCCGGGCUGGGCGUGGGCGGCGAGCGCGACGGGCUGCUGGGCGGCGAGACGGGCGGCCUGGGGCCCGGUGGAGGCGGCGGCGGCGGAGGAGGCCUGGGAGGCAGCGGGCUAGGCGGGCCGGGCCCUGGAGGAGGCGGAGGAGGCGGCCUGGGCCACGAGCAGGAGGAGGAUUACCGCUACGAGGUGCUGACGGCCGAGCAGAUCCUGCAGCACAUGGUGGAGUGCAUCCGUGAGGUCAACGAGGUCAUCCAGAAUCCGGCCACCAUCACCAGGAUACUCCUCAGCCAUUUCAACUGGGAUAAAGAAAAACUGAUGGAGAGGUACUUUGAUGGCAACCUGGAGAAGCUGUUUGCGGAAUGUCAUGUCAUUAAUCCUAGUAAAAAGUCUCGAACACGUCAGAUGAACACCAGGUCAUCUGCACAGGACAUGCCGUGUCAGAUCUGCUAUCUCAACUAUCCGAAUUCGUAUUUCACUGGCUUGGAGUGUGGACAUAAGUUUUGCAUGCAGUGCUGGAGUGAAUAUUUAACUACCAAAAUAAUGGAGGAGGGCAUGGGACAGACAAUCUCAUGCCCGGCUCACGGCUGUGAUAUCUUGGUUGAUGACAAUACAGUUAUGCGCCUGAUCACAGAUUCAAAAGUUAAAUUAAAGUACCAGCAUUUAAUAACUAAUAGUUUUGUAGAGUGCAAUCGACUGUUAAAAUGGUGUCCUGCUCCCGAUUGCCACCAUGUUGUCAAAGUACAGUAUCCUGAUGCUAAGCCCGUUCGCUGUAAAUGUGGCCGGCAGUUUUGUUUUAACUGUGGCGAGAACUGGCAUGAUCCUGUUAAAUGCAAGUGGUUAAAGAAAUGGAUUAAGAAGUGUGAUGAUGACAGUGAAACUUCGAAUUGGAUUGCAGCAAACACAAAGGAGUGUCCCAAAUGCCACGUGACCAUCGAAAAAGAUGGCGGCUGCAACCACAUGGUCUGUCGGAACCAGAAUUGUAAAGCAGAGUUUUGCUGGGUGUGUCUCGGCCCCUGGGAGCCGCAUGGAUCUGCCUGGUAUAACUGCAACCGCUACAAUGAGGAUGAUGCCAAGGCAGCGAGAGAUGCCCAGGAGCGCUCCAGAGCCGCCCUUCAGAGGUACCUCUUCUACUGCAACCGCUACAUGAACCACAUGCAGAGCUUGCGCUUCGAGCACAAACUCUACGCCCAAGUCAAGCAGAAGAUGGAGGAGAUGCAGCAGCACAACAUGUCCUGGAUCGAAGUCCAGUUCCUGAAGAAAGCGGUCGACGUCCUCUGCCAGUGCCGUGCCACGCUCAUGUACACCUACGUCUUUGCCUUCUACCUCAAAAAGAAUAACCAAUCCAUUAUCUUUGAGAAUAAUCAAGCAGACUUGGAAAAUGCUACCGAGGUCCUUUCUGGGUAUCUGGAACGAGAUAUAUCUCAAGACUCACUGCAGGAUAUAAAGCAGAAAGUGCAAGAUAAAUACAGAUACUGCGAGAGUCGACGAAGGGUGUUAUUGCAACAUGUGCAUGAAGGCUAUGAAAAGGACCUGUGGGAAUAUAUCGAGGACUGAAAAGUGGCCUGCAUAAAACGAACUCUGAAAAAUCUUUUCCCAUCUAGAGUGCUCAUACCAUUAAAACAAAACCCACAUACACACACACACACAUACACACAAAAGGGGCGCCACGCCUAUUACACCGCUGGUCUGUAGUACCGGAAUUCUGUUUCAUUUUUUUUUUCUUUUCUCUUUUUGUUAAUGGAAAAAAAAAAUUAAGUAAAUUAUAUUGUAAUAAAAAAAGGUAGAUAAACCAUUGUACAACAGUAUUCUAGGUGGCCAGUAAGUGUGACAGACGCACUAAAGACAAAAGCAGCCCUCCGACUUUUAACUCGUAGCUUCCUUCCCAAGCUGACUUUUUUUCUCUCUCUCUCCUCCUCUGCAUACGACCGAUGAAAUUUAAAACAGUUUCUUGACGUUGCUGUUCUGAUGUACUUUGGUAUGAGAUUUUCCCCUACGCCCCCCUCCCCUUCCCUCCUGCCUCUCUCCCCCACCCCUCCGUAACAAAUACACACCAGUCCAUGGGUGGUGAAUGUUGUUUGGCUUAUUGUAAAGAUGAUUUUUUUGGGGGGGUGGGGAGGGGAGGGUGGGGAGGGGGGAGGAAGGGGCACCAAACAAGGAAAAAACAAACAAACAAAAAAACACUUUGUAUAUGACUUUUAAAAAAAAAAUACGAAAACGAAAAACAAAAGAGGACAACACAGUAUUUUUCAAAAUUGUAAAUAGCGUAUAUGCAUGGAUAAAAAAAAAAAGGAGCAAGCGUGGCACGUGUUUGCAUAAUGUUUAAUUACAAAAAAAAAUAUUUAUUCUUUAAAAGCCUUCAAGAUGUCUAUUUGCCGUGCAUUUCUUCUUCUUCUUCUUCUUUUUUUUUUUCUUCCCAGUUUGCUUUUUAUUCGGGGAAGGGUGGGUAGGGAGGGGCCAGUGUGUGCUGCUGUAAACAACUGUUUUCCGGCUCAAACAAGACUAUUUGGGGGGAUUAUUUGUGGGGGAGGGGUUUUUCUCUUCCUUCCUCUCACACCUUGCAACCCCAUUCCUUGUCCGGGUGUGUUCCUUGCUGGCAAAGGACACCGUCCUUUCGGCCCUUCCAGCUUCCUUGGUGUGGCGUUUCCCGUUUUUUUUUUGGAAAUCAAAGUGUUGUAAUUCCAGCUGCCUUUUCUUUCGGCUUCGAAACUGGCCCCUUUUCCUCCCAACCUCAGCCGUUUGCCCUGUGUGAAAAUCCAAUGAUUUUAUUCCCCCGACUGGCUCCUCAUUCAUUCAUGGGAAGUUUUGGGCCAUGUGGGUUUUAAAGUGUGUGUACGCGGGACAUUCCUUGUUGACGGUGUCGGAUCUUGGAAACCUGCUGGGAAAAAUUGUGGCUUUGGUGGUGGUGGGGGUUGUCGGUGAGGAAAAAGUGCUUGCUGCAGCAAACAACUCCACCUAGUUGCAAGAAUCUGUAGCUGUUUUUCAACCUCAGCAACGUUAAGAGAGGUAGACUUCAAUUCCCAGAAUUCCCCAGCCAGCAAAGCUGGCUGGAGAAUUCUGGGAGUUGAAGUCCACACCUCAACGUUUGACUGGUUGAGAAACUGAUCUAUAGUUUCUGGAGCCGUUGAAUGUCCCCCCCCCCCCCGAAUGAGGAGGAAAUCAUGAAUAUCAAACUAUACGAGUCAUUUAUAGUCUCAUAUUUUUUUCUUUUUGUAAUAAAAAGUUACCUUCAAGUACGGUUUGGAAGCUGUUUAUUACUGUUAUGUGGGGGAGCUUCUUGUGAGUUUUUCCUGGACGGCUUAUGUGGCAGUAUUGCUUACUUUCAAAUUCAGAGGGAGAAAAAAAGCUGGAUGUACCCAAAAAUUCUAGCUUGUUUCCCAAAGGGCUGCUUUUCUGAUACUCCCCCCACCCUUUUUAAAAAAAAAAUAAACUGUUGUUAAGUUUCCAAGGA